CCGACAUCGAUUCGACGUUAGCACUUCAUUCGCUGGUGAAAAGUAUGGCCGAACGGUUCGUCGUCCGUCGUCGUUGCGCAAAUGUGUUAUUUUAGUGUGAUGACAUCAUUGUGACCACCGCACCCCGUGAAUCUGCUGCAGUUUCCUCCCCCGAGGGGGCGUCGUGUCACUCUGUGUCAUCAGUGAAAAGUUACUCAAUUUCUCGAAAUUUACAGCAUAAAUAGUUAGGAAAAGCGUGUUCAACAUAAAACCAGAAGAAGAAACAAAAAACACAAAUCGAAUUUCACCGUAAAAAACCACCUGGAGAAGGUCGGUUCCGUCCUCGCUCAUCGACCAGUCGAACGUGAGCGAUUCAUUCGACGACGACGAGUAGAGGAGCCAGCAGUGCUGCCAGCUGGCUUCGACGACGACGACGGUAGUGUGAAGUGUUGCCCGGUAGUCGGUAAACAACGUGUGCUAUUGGUAGAUUAAAGAUCUGAAUCGAGGUUGUGUGAGUGUGUGUGAAGUGCAUCCUCAGUGAAUCUCCUCAAGAUGUGGACAUUGGGUCGCAGGAGAGCUGGAGGCGGUGGUGAUAGGAUGGUCCUGGCACCACUGGCGGUUCUGGUGGCCACCCUCAACGUGCUGGCCGCGCAAAGUCUGAGUGGAUUUUAUCGCAAUUUCCACUCCCCGCCCAGCAUCAUCAAGCAGCCGCCGACGGACGAGAUGCUGUUCCAGGUGGCGCAAACCGGCGAGAACGACAAACCCUUCAUCAUCGAGUGCGAAGCGGAAGGUGAACCCACCCCCAGAUACCGCUGGAUCAAGAACGGCAAAAAGUUCGAGUGGCAAACGUACGACGACCGGAUGUCGCAGCAACCGGGCCGCGGUACGCUCGUCAUCAAGUCACCGCGGGACGAAGACCUCGGACAGUACCAGUGCUUCGCCGAGAACGAGCACGGCACGGCCACCUCGAACUCGGUGUUUGUGCGCAAAGCCGAACUCAACUCGUUCAAGGACGAGUCGGCCAAGACGGUCCAGGUGGACGAGGGCAUGCCCUUCAAGAUGCAGUGCCAACCCCCGGACGGUUGGCCGCGGCCGAACGUGUACUGGCUGAUCCAGAACAUGGACGGCGGCAUCAGCUCGAUCAACAACUCGCGGAUGACGCUCGACCCGGAGGGUAAUCUGUGGUUCUCGAACGUAACGAGGCGCGAUCAGUCGGAUGACUUUUGGUACGCUUGCGCGGCGUCGUCGCUGUUCCGUAACGAGUACAAGAUCGGCAAUCGGGUGGUGCUGCAGGUCAAGCAGACGGGAAUUUCGGCGGCGCAGAACCGACAUCGUCCUGAACGGCAGUACGUGUCCCGUAAGAACGAGGUGGCGCUGCGAGGUAAGAAGAUCGAACUGUUUUGUAUCUACGGGGGGACGCCGCUGCCGCAGGUCGUGUGGACGAAGGACGGGCGGCCGAUCCAGUGGAACGACAAGAUUCAGCAGAAUAACUACGGGAAAUCGCUGGUGAUAAAGCACGCCACGUUUGAAGAUCAGGGCACGUACACGUGCGAGUCGAGCAACGGUGUGGGCAGUGCCGAGUCCUACUCGAUCCGGUUGGAAGUGCAAGCCAUUCCGUACUUUACGAUCCAGCCGGAGAGUGUGAUCAAGGCGGAGGAGGAGACGGCCGAGUUCCGGUGCGAGGCGACCGGUGUGCCCAAGCCGAACAUUAUCUGGAUUCACAACGGCAAGCCGAUCGAGCAGACGCCGCCCAACCCGAGGCGAUUCGUCAGCGGAAGCAGGAUCUUCUUCAACAAGCUGGAGAAGUCGGAUACUGGAAAUUACGGCUGUAACGCCACCAACUCGCUCGGAUACGUCUACAAGGAUGUUUAUUUGAACGUGCUCGCUCUGCCUCCAGAGAUCAGCGAACCUCCGCGUCGCGAGCACACCGUUGAUCGACGCAACGUAACGCUGACUUGCCGCGUGUUUGGAGCGCCCAAACCCGAGGUCAAGUGGAUCCGCAACGGACGGGAGCUGACCGGGGGACGGUAUCAGGUGCUGCCGACUGGGGAUCUUUUCAUUCGUGGAGUUGAGUUCUCCGAUGCUGGACAGUACACGUGUAACGCGGUGAACAAGCUGGGUGAGAAGUCCGCGGACGGUGAGUUGAUUGUGAAGGAGCACACGAAGAUUAUUGACGAGCCGCAGGAUUACGAGGUUGUGGCGGGGACGCCGGCUACGUUCAGGUGUAAUGCCGUAGCGGAUUCGAGCUUGGCGCUGACGAUCGAGUGGUUGACCAACGGAGAACCGAUUGACUUUGACACGCAGCCGAGGUUCGUGAUGACGAACGAUUACUCGCUGACGAUCACGAAGACUAUUGAGUUGGACACGGGAGUGUACUCGUGCGUGGCCAAGACCGAUUUGGACGAGGUGAUUGCGAAUGCCACGUUGACGGUGUACGAUCGGCCAAACGCUCCUUCGCUCGAGGGUAUUGAAUGCCACCAGGCUGUGGCGACGCUUUCGUGGACGCCGAACGGAGACAACCGGUCGCCGAUUCUGCACUACACCAUCGAGUACAACACUUCGUUCACUCCGGACACUUGGGAGAUCUCUUCCAAGGACGUUCCUGCGACGGACUUCACCUACAGCGUAGACAUGAGCCCGUGGUCGAACUACACGUUCCGCGUGAUUGCCAUCAACAAGGUUGGACCUUCGUCACCUUCCGGCCACAGCGAAGUGUGCACCACCCAGCCCAGCGUUCCGUUCAAGAACCCGGACAACGUGGAAGGCCAGGGAACCGAACCGAACAAUCUAGUCAUCAAGUGGACGCCAAUGUCCGAGAUCGAACACAACGCUCCGAGGUUCCAGUACCGCGUCUACUGGCAGCUCGAUACCGGCGUAGACAACUGGAACACCGAAGACAUCUUCGACUGGCAGCAGACGGAGCUGGUGAUCCGGGAUCAGCCGACCUUCCAGCGGUACCGCAUCAAGGUGGUCGCGAUCAACGAAAUGGGAGAGGCUAACGUCGCCCCGAAGGAGGUCAUCGGAUACUCCGGCGAGGACAAACCUCUAGAAGCCCCGCAGAACUUCACCCUUAUCCAGGUCACCGCACCAACCUCCGCCAUCCUCAGCUGGAACCCCGUCAGCGAAGACAGCGUCCGUGGGCACUUCAAGGGCUACAAAAUCCAAACCUGGACGGAAGCCGAUGGCGAAGAGAACCUCCGUGAGGUGCUCGUAACGGCCGACUCCAAACAAGCUCUCGUCACGGACUUUGUCCCCGACUCGACGAACUUUGCGCGAAUCCUCGCGUACAACGGCCGCUUCAACGGCCCAGCCAGCACAACCCUGUCCUUCGACACCCCCGAAGGCGUCCCCAACACGAUCCAAACCCUGGACGCCAUCCCGCUCGGAUCGUCCGCCUUCCUGCUCAAGUGGAAGAAGCCGCUCCAGCCGAACGGCAAGCUCACCGGCUACAAGAUCUACUACGAAGAGGUCAAGGGAACGUCCUUCGGCCCACGCAUGGAGCGCGAACCCCACAUCAGUGACGCGCGCCUCACGGAGGCCAAACUGGGCAAGCUCAAGCCAAGCACCAAGUACCGCGUGCACGUCGUCGGAACGACUCGCGCCGGCGAAGGCCAAGACUACUACAUCGAACAGAAGACUGCCGCCGGUGUGGCGCUCCAGCCCGACCAGCCCUACUUCAGCUGGGAGCACGAACCCAACGACAGCGGACACGCCGACGUGCGCGUCGUGUGGCACCCGAACCUCGAGGGCAAACCGGGCGCGCACUUCUUCGUCAAGUACCGCGUCAAGGGCGAAAACCAGUGGCUCAUGACCGAGCCGGUGCUGUACGAGAACCACCACACCGUGCACGGGCUCGACCCGGACACCAACUACGAGUUCCGCGUCGUGUCCGUCGACGGCGAGUUCCAGACGGAGUCGCUCUCGCAGGAGGUGGACACCUCCGGUCUCGACGGCCCCAUCAUCGUGAAGGGCAACAACGUGGCCACCGCCGGGUGGUUCAUCGGUAUGAUGCUGGCGAUUGCGUUCCUCAUCCUGCUGCUGAUCAUCAUCUGCAUCAUCAAGCGCAACCGGGGCGGCAAGUACGACGUGCACGAUCGUGAGCUGGCGAAUGGGCGCAACGAUUACACCGAGGAGGGCGGCUUCCCGGAGUACUCGCAACCUGUUUUACGUGAUUACAGCUUGGACAAUAAGAGCCAGGGCCGACAGUCUGUCAACUCGCAAAAAGUCGGACCGGAAAGUGAUACUGAUUCCAUGGCGGAAUAUGGUGAAGGUGAUACAGGUGGCCAAUUCACCGAGGACGGUUCGUUUAUCGGCCAGUACGUGCCCGGUAGGCCCCCGGUCAGUGCCCACUCGACGCCGCAGAAUCCGUCCCUGCAAGGGGGCGGCGGCGGCGGCGCCAAUGCCGGCAUGGCCACGUACGUCUAAGAGAACGAAAAAGAAAACUUUUUGGAUAAAUUCUUCGCGCCGCAGAAAAUUGAGUGUUUGUCUGCUGCUUUUUUGCUACUGGAUGGAACAGAAGGACACCCGCAACGUCAUCGCUUCACCCGACAAAACAUACAAGGAUUUUUUUAUGAUUUUUUUUUGUAACGAAAAAAACACAACUAAUUUUAGUGCGCCAAAUUCCGGGUUAAAUUCGUUAGGACUUUUGACUCUCUUUGGCACGUAAACAAAACAAGGAAACUCAAAACAAAAUGUGUUCAGAGCUGAAAUCUUUCCGCUUCAAGCAUUCUCAGUCAUUAGCCGAACCCCGACUUUUUAUUAACAGAACAAUAACUUCAACUACAAUCAGUACAAAUCAGUUGAUCCACGCGAGUCCUUUUCCCGGUAGCGAACACACACACCACGUGCUUUAAUUGUGUAACGAAAUGAAGCAAAAAUGGCGCGAUCCUCUCAAAGAGCUGGAUCGAAUCUCGAUGAAACAGAAAUCUGCUUAAUUAAUUUUUCGAGAAGAUGGAAUGUGAAACAAAACAAGUUAUAGUUGUAGUAAACGCCUUUUUCGUCCCACUUUUUUAAGAAUCUCUUUUUUGUUUUUAUUGUAUUGUUUAACUUAUCUCUACAUUAUUACGAAAAUAACAAAACUAUCGUGUAGUAAUUAUUAUUUUAUUAUUUUUAGUGCAAAGCGAAAAUAAAACUUCUCGGUAGCUUUCUAAAAAGAAGAAA